GGGGUUUACAUUCUGGUGGAGGAGACAAAAAGAUAAAUAAAUUUCAGACAAUGAUAAGUGUUUCAAGACUAUGGAGUAGGAAAUAAAGGGGAGGUAAGUUUAAAUAAACGCCCGAGAAGGCGUCUCUGAGAAGUUAACAUUAACUGAAUGAAUGAGUGCAUGUAUAGCAACCCCCUGAUGGAUUCAUUUUUCAAACUUAUCUAGUUUUGUUGGCCAGUAGAUUGUUCAUGAUUCUGAUGCUGAAUACUCUUUGGAGCUUAUGUUGCUGAUGCCAAAAGGUCAAGGGCAGUGGCGAAGAACAUCGACGAAUCCUUUCCAAUUCAUUUCACUCCUCUGACCUUGCCUUUGCCGUCAGGGUCACUCCCCACCGCCACGCCCAUUCUUCUGCCCCCGGAUGCUUCCAGCCUGCGCAAGCGCAGGAGAAACUGCUGUUCCUAGUGGAGGGCGCGGAUUCCACCCCAAAACGCAUGCGCCCCGGGCCCGCAAGCCCCGCCCCGACCUCUGCGCCCGCUCGCGAGCCCUUGCCAAUUCUCGGGGCGGGGACUGCGCGGGGAGGCGCGCGCCGGUGCGUGCGAGCUCCGGCGCCGCGGGCGGGCCAGUGAAGCCGGCGGCCCUGGCACGUGAUCUCGGAUCGGCGUGGUAGCUUGGUGGCUCCGUCUGUCUGUCCGUCCGCGGUUGCCAUCAUGGCGGACGCGGCCAGUCAGGUGCUCCUGGGGUCCGGUCUCACCAUCCUGUCCCAGCCGCUCAUGUACGUGAAGAUGCUCAUCCAGGUGGGAUAUGAGCCUCUUCCUCCAACAAUAGGACGAAAUAUUUUUGGGCGGCAAGUUUGUCAGCUUCCAGGUCUCUUUUGUUAUGCUCAGCACAUUGCAAGCAUCGAUGGGAAGCGUGGGUUGUUCACAGGCUUAACUCCAAGACUGUGUUCAGGGGUCCUUGGAACUGUGGUCCAUGGUAAAGUUUUACAGCAUUACCAGGAGUGUGACAAGGCUGAGGAGUCAGGAUCUGGAAAUGUACAGAAAGAAGUUUCAUCUUCCUUUGACCGAGUUAUCAAGGAGACAACUCGAGAGAUGAUGGCCCGUUCUGCUGCUACUCUCAUCACACAUCCCUUCCAUGUGAUCACUCUGAGAUCUAUGGUACAAUUCAUUGGCAGAGAAUCCAAGUACUGUGGACUUUGUGACUCAAUAGCAACUAUCUAUCGGGAAGAGGGCAUCCUAGGAUUUUUUGCGGGUCUUAUUCCUCGCCUCCUAGGUGACAUCAUUUCUUUGUGGCUCUGUAACUCACUGGCCUACCUCGUCAAUACUUAUGCACUGGACAGCGGGGUUUCCACCAUGAAUGAAAUGAAGAGUUAUUCCCAAGCUGUCACAGGAUUUUUUGCCAGUAUGUUGACGUACCCCUUUGUGCUUGUCUCUAAUCUUAUGGCUGUCAACAACUGUGGGCUUGCUGGUGGAUGCCCUCCCUACUCCCCAGUGUAUUCUUCUUGGAUAGAUUGCUGGUGCAUGCUACAAAAAGAGGGAGAAGGUUGGUCUGUAGAGUGCCCUGAGCCACCGCUAGUUUGGCCUCUGCCUCAGUUUCCCCAUCUGCUAACUUGGAUUAAUGAUGCCUGCUCUCCAGACCCAGAGGAUGAAGCUUUAGGGAGGUCACGGAGGAGGAAGAGCCCGGUGCUCGCGCUGCCUGCGCGGGGGGCCUUCUUCGUGCGGUGCCCCUGGGCCCUGCCGCUCGGCUCCCCGGCCUCGGCGCGCCCCUCCCUCUCGCUUCCCCUCCCGCCUCUCCCCCUGCCCGCCCCUGCCCCGCCCCUCCUCGCGCGGCCCCGGAGCCUCGCUCUUCAGCAGCCCUUUUUCCCUCGCUGCCCCGCCACCCCGAGCCCACCCCGGGGUCCCAGCGCCCCGCCCGCCGCCGCCGCCGCCGUCCCCGCCAGGCCCGGCCCCGCCGCAGCGCGGGCGGUCAGUGCGCAGCCCGGCGCCCGCCCGGAGCCCAGAGCCCGGAGCCCGGAGCCGGAUCGCGGGCUCGGAGAGAAGCCGACCGACCGCCGCCCCCAGCCAGGCGCCAUGCUGCCGCUCCUGCUGGGCCUGCUGGGCCCGGCCGCCUGCUGGGCCCUGGGCCCGGCUCCGGGCUCGACAGAGCUGCGCUCGGCCUUCUCGGCCGCACGCACCACCCCCCUGGAGGGUACGUCGGAGAUGGCGGUGACGUUCGACAAGGUGUACGUGAACAUCGGGGGCGACUUCGACGCGGCCACUGGUCAGUUCCGCUGCCGCGUGCCCGGCGCCUACUUCUUCUCCUUCACGGCUGGCAAGGCCCCGCACAAGAGCCUGUCGGUGAUGCUGGUGCGCAACCGCGACGAGGUGCAGGCACUGGCCUUCGACGAGCAGCGUCGGCCCGCCGCGCGGCACGCCGCCAGCCAGAGCGCCAUGCUGCAGCUCGAUUACGGCGACACGGUGUGGCUGCGGCUGCACGGCGCCCAGCAGUACGCGCUCGGGGCACCUGGCGCCACCUUCAGCGGUUACCUGGUGUACGCCGACGCCGACGCGCCUGCGCGCGGGCCGCCCGCGCCCCCGGAGCCGCGCUCGGCCUUCUCGGCGGCGCGCACGCGCAGCCUGGUGGGCUCGGACGCGGGCCCGGGGCCGCGGCACCGGCCCCUCGCCUUCGACACUGAGCUUGUGAACAUCGGCGGCGACUUCGACGCGGCGGCUGGCGUGUUCCGCUGCCGCCUGCCCGGCGCCUACUUCUUCUCCUUCACGCUGGGCAAGCUGCCGCGCAAGACGCUGUCGGUGAAGCUGAUGAAGAACCGCGACGAGGUGCAGGCCAUGAUUUACGACGACGGCGCUUCGCGGCGUCGCGAGAUGCAGAGCCAGAGCGUGAUGCUGGCGCUGCGGCGCGGCGACGCCGUCUGGCUGCUCAGCCACGACCACGACGGCUACGGCGCCUACAGCAACCAUGGCAAGUACAUCACCUUCUCCGGCUUCCUGGUGUACCCCGACCUCAUCCCCGCCGGCCCGCCCGGCCUCGGGCCUCCGGAGCUCUGAGCCACGACCCGGAGAGGAGCCCCGGGCGGCCUGGGGCGUGCAUGCCAAGCCGGGACCGCGGCCCGAAUGUCCCGCCGGCGCGAGCAUGACGGCCCGCCCAGCGUGGCUGGACUCUGCCAAUAAAGUGGGCCUGCGCCAGCGCCUGUCUGCCGGG